AUGCCCCCUUCGAACCAGUCCUGGGUGGGACGGGGGCAGCAGGAGGAGCACAAGAAGAUGCCCCACCACCCAGAGAGUUACAGUGAAGUGAGGGGGGACACCAAGACUCAGAAUCCCCCCCAGGACCAACCCCAGCCCCACCCCUCUUCCCGCUCCUCCCCUCACCCCAUGGGCGAGGGCAACGCAAUGAAGAACCUGAUGAACUACAGCUCCCAGCAGCCCUUGCUGUUACCUCAGCGGAGCCCAUUUGGGGGCCUGGGCUGUCUGAAGCAGGGUGGGAACCGUAUGGAGAGGGGGGAGCGAGGCGUCACUCCCCAGGAUCCCCCCAAGCAGCCCCUUCCCCCACGCAGGGGUUCAGCCAGCGAAGGGGAGAGGGGGGAGAGAGGGGGGAGGGAGGCAGGGGAGGCACACGGGGAAGGGGAGGUGCGUCAGCCCCCAGUCGGUAUAGCAGUGGCAGUAGCCAGACAGAGAGAGCCCCCUCAGCGCCCCCCGGACCCCCCUCCAGGACACAGCAGACAGGGCAGGGUGCUGCCCAGUGUGAAAGGUGUGUCUCGUUCAGUGUAUCCGCUGGGCCGGGAGGCGGAGGAGCGGAAGAGAAUGACAGAGGAACAGCUUAGCCUUCAUCACCUGGACAGAGACCGGGAACUGCUCAUCAGGGAAAACAAGGAGAGGGUGGAAUUUGCCAGGAUACAUCCCUCCAGCAGUUGCCAUGGUGACCUGACUUCUCACCUCCUCGUUGCUGGGGGGGCCAGCCAAUUAGGCGCCGACCCUACAGCGCAUACCCAUCCAGCCCACCACCAUUGGAUGCAGCGGACAGGAAGUCCCUCCCUCUGGAUGGGUCAUUCCUACGGCCUGAGUCAUGCAGCGCUGCACCAGAGUUUGGGCCCAGGGUUCGGCCAGGGUCUCCCCAGCCCCCUGCAGUCUGUGCUCCCCCUGGGACAGGACCCCAACACACCCUUGGUAGUGCUGCCCAGUGAGCCUGGGACACACCACCCCUUGGACGUCAUGGAUCAGUCUGGACUGUGGUCUUCGGUCUACGGAGGCCGAGGCCCCUCCCCUCACCUGCAGCAUCACGCCGUGUACUCCCGCUCCCCGUUUCUACGGCAACAGGAGCUUUACGCCCUGCAGCAUCAGCACCAACAGCAACGGGCAAUUGAGCACAUGCACCGUCACUCCCUCUCACAGAGAAAGACAGAAGACCACCCCGUGAUGGUGGACAACUCUCCUCACGAGUCCUCGCGGUCCUCCCGUGGCACCAAACCUUUCUCCCACACCCCUCCCCCCAAGACCUCAGUCUCCCCGGGGGGCUGUCCCAGCAGCCGCCAGUCGCCCUGCUACCACUCCCCGUCCAGGAGGCCACACCCCCAGAACCCUCUAAACCCCGCCCCCAGCCCUGCGGCCGCAGCUCCCCGUUCCCCGGCGCUCAGUCCCGCCCCCUCGCACCUGUUGAAGGGGCAGGAGCGAGGGGAGAGGGGGGAGGGGCAACCGCCUCAAGACUACCCACAAUCCCUAGAACCAGACCUGCCGCCGGUGUACACUUACCCUCCGAUCACCGUGGGUUACAAGGCUGGCCCCUCCCCCCAGGAGGCCCAAUUAGCUGGGCAUGUCAUCAUGGAGGCGGAGCCAGCCGAGCCAGGUCACAAGUCCCACCCACUCGGUCGCCCAAUCCGGGGUGUUUCUCAAGCGGAGGAUGAGAAGGAGGAAGAGAAAGAAUGUGAAGCUGCGGAGUCCAGAGAACAAAUCAAAGGAGAGCAUGAAGGAAAGAGAGCAGAGAUGAGAGGUUUGACACCCGAGACUCCGGAGUCCUCCAGUGACACCAAGCCCCCGACAACAACAGUAUCAUGCCCCUCCCCGACCCCAGCCCUUUCACCAUCCAAAACCCCUGUCCCUGCUCCAGCCUCCCCCCAAGACCUACACCAGGCCCAGGACACGGAGCCCCCUAGGGGCUGUCUGGACCGGCUAUCCCACAUGGAGGACACACAGCCAGGCCAGACGCAGAAGGAGGAGGACCGAAAGGAGGAGAGGGAGACGGGUGAACAGAGGGAGUCCCCCCCCUCUGAAUGUACUGUCUCUGUGCCUCUGGAGCUGAUAGGAGAGGAGGGGGAGAAACAGGAGGAGGAGAAAGACAAUGAGGAGGAGGAGGAGGAGAAGGGAAACCCCGCAGAAGGAUGUGUGGAUUUGAUAUCCCCCCCAUCACCUGCCUCCCCCGGCCCCCCGCCUGCGGCCCCCGACACAGCGGCCCAGCUUCAGGGAGCCUGCAUCUGGAGCCUGGAGCUCCUGAUCGCCGCUGCCCUGUGCGCCACCAGAGAUGCCCGCUACCCCCCAGCGCCUCCCACCUCCACCCCUCUCCAGCCCUCCACCCCGGCCCCUCACCUGGGCAUGGAGAUCCUGGGGGAGCUGGCCGAUUUGGAGAUACAGCAGAGGAACCGGGACAAAGAGAGGGAAGCGGGAGGAGAGGAUGUGUUGACCUUUGACCUGCAGAGCCUUGCCACCCUAGCGGUUGCUCGGGCCCUGGAGCUAGGGGGUGGGUCCACACCAUCAGGGGAGGGACAACAGUGUCCAAUCAGGAAGAGACUCAACCUGCGCAGGAAAUGCAGCUGGACACCCCGCCCUGAGCCGGUGUGUCCAGUGAAGGCUGCCAUGGAGACGAUAGGAGGGGAAGAGCUAGCCAUGCGGGUCCAGCUAGCUGAGAUACAGCGACGCUACAAAGAGAAGCAGAGAGAGCUGGCCAAGCUGCAGAGAAAACACGACCACCAGAAGGAGGAGACGUCUCGUAGUCCUGCCCGGCGGGGGCCUGGUCGUCCUCGGAAACGCAAGUCUACCCCCGGUCCCUCAGCCCCAGACGACUCAAAGAGACUUAGGAUUGCACUUGAGGAUGGAGUGGGUGUGGCCAAGCAGAGGAAGAGGCUGACCAAUCAGGUGUUCAGUGGUCUAAAGGCAAGGCGGCGUGGUCGCCCAAGCGCCCUGAGCUCCAGGCUGGUCCGGAGGGUCACCCAGCUGAAACAGAAGGCUGUGGCCCAGAGAGGUUCACCAUCAGCGGGCAUGCUGCGCCGCAGGGGUGCCCCUAGGGCUGGAGCCCGCUCAGAGAAUCACAUGCACGGAAGACAGAGUGUCACUGCCGAUCCAGCAUCAGGCACCCAGCAGGACUGGACAGCCAAUCAGGACAUGAGGAGGAGAAGGGGGCGGAGGCCAAAGGUUCAGAUGGGGGGAGCUCCGACCAGAGUGCUCCAAAGAGGGGGCGCGGUGUCUGAGAAGCUGGACGCGAACGAGGGAAAGAGCAACAGCGAGAGCUCUGCACAGGAGGAGGAAGAGGAGGAGGACGGCAGCUACGACAGCGAAGUCGGCGCUGGUGACAUCAAGAGGACUUCAUCAUCCUCCAAAGACUGGCCUCCAACCUCGGUCGCCAUUGGUGUUUAUGUGCCUUCACCCACAAAACUGCAAGCCAUUCAGAAAGCCAGAAGCAAGAGAUCUGGAUUUCAAGGCAUUGUGAGCAUGCCCAGUUCAGACCUAAGGAGGAGGUCCCCCUAUGAGCCUAGGCCCGGUGCUAAAGUGAGACGACACCCAGACCUCCAGGACCUCCAAGGGACCAGGAGAGCCUCUGUAUCCAGCUGGGUGGCCCCUCUGGCAGGCUGCAGUCUCACUGACAGCAGGGGUCACCAUGGAUCUCUGACAUCAGCCAACAGAAUUAACAAGGAAUCAAUGAAGAGGGGCGCCAGAUUUCAAGGCAUUCUGGGAAAGAGGAGAGCCUGCUGGUUAGAGACUGAUGCCCUGAGAAAAGAGACCUCCAGAGGCAGGAGAAGCAGGGGCAAGCAGACCAAGGGGCAUGCGGUGAGUCGCCUGCUCGAGAGCUUCGCCGCUGACGAAGGCUUCCGAUUGGAUGAAGAGAGCAGCUUCUCUGAGGGAGAGGAGGAGGAACUAGAUCAUGCACUUCAAAUGCACCGAGUACCAGCCGUGCCAAACUGUGUCCUGAGCAGAGAGAUGCUGGUAGAUGGUCUGAAGGUGCUCAUCUCAAAGGAGGAUGAGCUGCUGUAUGCUGCUGUGGUCCACACCUUGGACCUACCGGACAUAUUCAGUGUAGUUAUUGAUGGGGAGAGAGGAAACAGACCCAGGAUCUACUCUCUGGAACAACUCCUGCAGGAAGCUGUGCUAGACGUGCGCCCUCAGACUGAGGUGAUCCUGACUGCAGGGACGCGUGUCUGUGCCUACUGGAGUGAGCGCUCCCGCUGUCUCUACCCUGGAUACGUCCACAGAGGAGGGCCAGGUGAGGAGGAAAAGGAAGGGAGUGUGAUGGUGGAGUUUGAUGAUGGAGACAGAGGAAGGAUCUCUUUGCCCAACAUUCGACUACUGCCCCCGGGCUACCAGAUACACUGUGCGGAGCCCUCCCCAGCUCUCCUGGUCUCACCUGGUCGCCGGGGAUACCAAAGUUCCAGCCAGGAGCGGAGAGACACACCCAUCACAGAGAGUCUGGCCAAUGGGGAGACAGGAGCAGGAAACCAGGAGAAGAGACCAGUGGGCCGGCCUAAGAAGAUACGUUCAGAGACCAAGAACCCUGCAUCGUCAUCCGCAGACAACGCAACCAAAGGCAACACUUCCUCGUCGACCUGGUUGUCCUCAGUGAGCGCUAAUGUCGCUAACAGGAAGAGACCUCCUGUGGACUUCUUCCUGUUUAAUGGAACAUCCAGGAAGUCCCAGCGUCGCAUGAGGGAGCGCGACCUCGGCGUGUUCCAAUGCCCCGCCCCUCACUCCCUGGCACCACCCACCCCUCUCAAAGGCAUCUUUAGCUCCUCCUCCUUCCAGGUGGACUCGUUCAGCAGCAUUGCCAACAGUUACGCUACCUUCGGAAGCCGGCCAGUUACCACAGCGACACCCCUGGGGCUGAGGGACCCCUCGACCGCUGGAGCAAUGUCAGCCCCUUCCUCUUCCUCCUCCUCCGGCAGGAAGUUGAUGGAGCGGGACAGGAAACAGUUCAUGGUAAAGCUAGACCACGAGGGUGUGACCUCACCCAAGACCAAGAACAGCAAGGCUCUCCUUCGCCUUGGGGGCAGGGGGAGCACUCCCUCACUCAGGUACAUCCACCCCCCCAUCCCCCCAAAGGAGGGGAAGAAGGGAGGACGAGGCGCGCGAGAGAGCGCAGGCUCCAGGGCUGAGGUCGUUCUGAAGGGAGCUCCGGCUCUAAGAAGGGCUGUGCCCUCGUCUGGUCUGGGUGGUCUGGGGGCCGAGUUUGGGCUGGAUUACCCGAGCGACUGCCCCAGCUCCUACUCCGAGCUGGACGAAGAUGACGACGAGGAAGGUCAGGAUGACGACGAGGAAGGUCAAGGCGACGAAGACGAACCCGGGCGGAGAGCUGCAGCGACGUCGCUCCGCGGAGGGCGUUUCCUCUCCCGCCUCUCCGUCUGCUCCUCGUCCACCUCCUCGUCCUCCUCCUCCUCGGGCUCCCUCUCGUCCUCCUCCUCCGUCUGCUCCUCCGACAACGACUCCUCCUACUCCUCAGACGAGGAGACGUCAUCCGUGCUCCUGCGCCGAGCUCUGCUCCAGCAGGACAAACACAAACACAGACACACGCUGACCCCUGACCCCUCCCCCAAAACCGCCCCUGCAGCCUCGGCACUGCCACACGCCUACGUCACCAAAACAGCCGUGGCCGUCCAGGGGUCAAAGGUCAGAGGGGAGCGGAUGGAGGACCGAAAGGAGUAUGUAUCCAAGGGCAAAAGUAACACUAACCCAGCCAACCCCACAGCCAAAAGGAGCGCACACCCACUGCCCCCCCAGGUCUCUGACAGCCAUGGCGACCUCCAGAGCAAGCCACCCAAGGACCCCAAACGACAGAGGAUGUCAUCACCUGACCCCCGGCCCAACAUGGCCGCCCACCUGCCCAAUCGGCAGCUAUGGAGCUGGUCAGGAGAGCCCACUCAGAGGCGCGGUCUGAAGGGUAAGGCCCGGAAGCUGUUCUACAAAGCCAUUGUGCGUGGCGGGGAGACGGUGCGCGUGGGGGACUGUGCCGUGUUCCUGUCCCCCGGGCGCCCCCAGCUGCCCUACGUGGGCAGGGUGGAGUCUCUCUGGGAGUCGUGGAGCGCCAGCAUGGUGGUCCGGGUCAAGUGGUUCUACCACCCCGAGGAGACGCGCCUGGGCAAGAGGCACCGCGACGGCAGGCAUGCAUUGUACCAGUCAAGCCACGAGGACGAGAACGACGUCCAGACCAUCUCCCACCGCUGCCAGGUGGUCAGCAGGGAUGAGUACCAACACCUGAUUGGCCGACGCAAGCCAGGGGGCGGGACCCAGGACCUCUUCUACCUGGCUGGAACCUACGACCCAACAACAGGCCAGCUGGUCAGCGCAGAGGGCGUGGCCAUUGUGUCCUAGCAGAAGUACAGAGGGUAAAAGAGAACCUUCAAGACAACUGCCCCCUUCCUCAACUUAGGCCUCCUUCUUACUCUUUGGUACGGAGAACAGCAGAGAAAAGAUGGAUAAGAUGAAGAGAAGGAAAGAGAGAGUGAGGCAUUAGAGGGUAUCUGUCACCGGCCAUGGUGUUCUGUUAAUGGGACAGGGAAAGGUCUGGUCCGAACCCAGAAGAACCUGGAGCAAAGAACCUGUCAGGUCCUGGUGUAUUAGCCAUGGUGUGGUCUGAGGAGGCCCUGUGCAGGUUGUUCUCUGUUGGGGUAGAACCCUAACCCCACCCUGUUGGAGUAGAACCCUAACCCUGCCCGUCCUUUGUGUGGAUAGUGAACGCACCCUUCUAUAGUGUGCUGCACUGUGGGGUUCAGGGGAGUCGCUCUGGAAGACCUCUCAAGAAACAAGGACCACACCACUGCUGGAAACACAGACUGUCAGACUCCGAGAGAGGAAACCAUGUAUCUCCAUGGAUAGUCACUCCACUCCAGUCACUGAAAGAGCUAAAUAAACUGAGGGAGAGACUGGGAGAAGGAGAGAAUGUGUCUCUCCACACUGGUUUAAUGGUCUUAAAGGUCUCCCUGACCACAGUAGUUUUAUUAUUGUCAUGACUGAGGAAUCCCAACAGGACCAAAAAAACACAAAAAAAACACUGUAGUUCUGAUGUGUGUGUGCUUGUGCGUAUGAAUGUGUGUGCUCAAGCACACUAAAUGUAAAACGCCCUCAAAGUCUUUAAACACUUUAAAAAAGGUAGAUCUUAUGAAUAUUAGUUCAUCAAAUGAUUUACAAAGAGUCUUCUCUGAGGAGGCAAAAUGAAUGAUUUUCUCCAGUCAAGCCAUACACCUCAAUACCUCUCUCCAACCCUUCAAUUCAGGUGCAUUCAUGUACAGGCGGAUUGCUCCUUAACCUUUGUGUACAGCAUAAUGUUAAAACUGUAAAUAAUAUACAUAUAUAAUAUAGACUAGGAGAGUUACUCUUUUUUCAAAUUAUAAUUUUUUUUGGAGGGGGGGGGCUUUUUCACUUAAGGGGAGGGUAAAUGCCCUCUUUCCCUGCACUGAACAGGUUGUGUCUAAAUGCCACAGGGAGAGGGAGGGAGUGUGGAGUGUAAAUAUGGUUGUACAUACGUCAGGGCAGGACUGGACUGAUAGUCGGACUGUGGGGAGUGACGGUGGGGGGAGGGAGAAGGGCUGUUUUUGUAUGAAAAGUUGAAAACCUUUUUCUGUGUGUGUGUGUGUGUGUGUGUGUGUGUGUGUGUGUGUGUGUGUGUGUGUGUGUGUGUGUGUGUGUGUGUGUGUGUGUGUGUGUGUGUGUGUGUGUAAAAGAGAGAGAAAGCGAGAGAGAGAAAGAACACCAUUGUUUGACCUGUUUUUUAUAUCUCUCUUUUGGGUUGAUCAUUAUUUCUGUCAUGUGAUUUACUUGUGGGCAUCACAUGCUGAGAAGAAACAGUUUCUACUUGUCACUGGUCAUUCUGUCUACCCGGAGGAGUGUUCCUGGAUGUAGACAUUUAUACGGCCUCAAAGACAAACCAAAGCUCUUCUGAGUUCACGUUUCAACAUUUUAGAAUUGCAAUAUGUCAAACAGUUCAAUCAAAUCUGAAUCUGGGAACUCAUGCAAUUAUUGUCAUAUUGGUUGUCGGAAGUUCCUCUCGUGGAUUGGAGACGUCUAACUGAUGUUGUCAGGAGUGGUUUGGAAAACACUGUUGACACAUUGUCAGCACGUUGCCUGGCAGAUGCACUUGAAGGCUCCAUGGUAACCGCCAUGGCAUCGCGUGACUGUGAAGGACAAUCAGAGCCAAUCAAAGAGGCCGAUGUUGAGAGAAAAGAGAAAAAAGGAUCAAAUCAAAUUGUGCUUCUUGUCACUUUUCUUCCUGCUUUGCCAAAAAAUGUAUGUCUUUUAUCUAUUUUGUAUUUUAUUUUGCCAUUAUCUGACUGGUAUGCAAGCCUGUAAUGACUGUCUGACUGUUGGUGUAGGGUUUGUAAAGUGAGAACAUAAUGCCUUUGUCAUCUGACAUUUACUUUUUUUACAACAAUGUUGCUGUUACACUGCAAAGCAAAAGCUUUAAGAUAACUCGAAUGUGAAAAUCCAUUUAAAUGUAACUUCAUGGGUCUUUAACAUAUUUUUUUUUAAACUGUAUUUUCUUAAAGAAACACUGGAUUCAAGUCUGGACAUCACAGUAAGGGAAGUGAUCAUCAUCAAUGCGCAACAUGUUUUUGAGACCCACUGGAAACGUCUUGGUAUGGUUGACAGCCAGUAAAGGCUAGAACACAUUGUUUUCAUCAUUGUUGGAAAUAAUAUUAAAAUGUUUCCUAUGUAAAAAAAACAAACAGAUUAUUUAUCUUAAUUUUAUUGCCUUUUUCGCGUUUCAUUAAAUAAAGAUACUAAAAC